AUGUCGACUCUGCACGCCGUCAAGUACACUCGGGGGAAGCUCGAGGUCCUCGACCAACUCCGUCUGCCCCACGAAUUCCACUACGACAAUGUCACAACCCGCCAAGAGGCCUUUGACAGCAUUGCCAGCAUGCGCACCCGCGGCGCCCCGGCCAUUGCUAUUGUCGCGAGCCUGGGCCUCGCUGUUGAGCUGCAUAAUGGCCCCGUCCCUGACGGCUCGGCCGAGGAUACCGUAGCCUUCAUCGACAGCGCCCUCGACUAUCUCAAGGAAAGCCGCCCAACUGCCGUGGACCUGACCAACGCCAUCAACCAGCUCAAGCUCAGAAUACGCGCUGCGGGCGAUGCCGCUACCAAAGACGAAAUCGUACAAGCCUUCAUCGACGAGGCCGAAAAGAUCUUCGAGAAGGAUCUCAAGACCAACCUGGCCAUUGGCGACCACGGCGCCGAGUGGCUGCGCGUGCAUGCCCGCGCCGGUCCCUCCAAUCAGAUUUCCGUGCUCACCCACUGCAACACCGGCUCGCUGGCCACCUCGGGCCACGGGACUGCCCUCGGCAUCAUCCGCACGCUACGGUCCAAGGACCUCCUGCAGCACGCUUUCUGCACGGAGACGCGCCCGUACAACCAAGGCAGCCGCCUGACAGCGUUCGAGCUCGUCUUCGAGGGCAUCCCCAGCACGCUCAUCACCGACUCCAUGGCCGCCUCGCUCUUCCGCACGCGCGGUGCCGAGAAGAACAUUGCCGCCGUCAUCGUCGGCGCCGAUCGCGUGGUCCGCAACGGCGACACGGCCAACAAGAUCGGCACCUACCAACUCGCCGUCCUCGCCCGCCACCACGGCAUCAAGUUCAUCGUCGCCGCGCCCACGACGAGCAUCGACCUCGUGACCGAGACGGGCGACGGCAUCAAGAUUGAGGAGCGCAAGCCGUCGGAGCUCACACAGAUUACGGGCGCCGUCAUCAAACCCGACGGCACCGUCGACGAGACGACCAAGGUGCGCGUGGCGACGGCCGACCAGCGUAUCGACGUCUGGAACCCAGCAUUUGAUGUGACGCCGGCAGAGCUCAUUGACGCUGUUGUCACUGAAAAGGGCGCCGUCGAAAAGGGUGCGGACGGCAAGUUCGAUUUUUCCAGAAUCAUGCCUGAUCGCUGGGCGCAGGUUGUCAAGGCCUGA